CGGGGCCUCGCCGUAGGUGGUGGCCGUACUUCGUCAUAGACGGCCGCGCCUCAGCGUAGAGUGAUGGCUGUGCCUCAUGCAGGUGUGUGCAUGCCGGGGGACGGGCCUGUGCGCACCCGUUCACCGUUAACAGCUGUAAUUAUACACGUUGGCAUGUAAAUAGACGAGGCCGGGGCGGGCAGCGCCCCCCCCGCGGCAGCAGCGCGGUGUUCCGUGGAAAGCCCGGCCCCACGCGUGCACCCGAAAAGCUGCGCUGGGGCUCGGCUGAGCGCACCCCCCCGCCCCGCCCGCGGCGCCACGCAAACAGCCGGUCAAUGAUUAACCGGCGCGGCCCGGCCGAGCCCCGGGGCCACGCGGGGGCCGUAGGGGGCCAGGCCCCGGCAGGUGUCGCGGUGGGAUGGAGGCGUCCGGCGGCCCCGCGGCGGGGGGAGCGGAGCGGGGGGGGGGGCAGCGCGCCGGCCGGGGGCGUGCACGGCUCCGGCCCCCGCUGGGCCCACCCCGCCGCCGUGGUGGCCGCGGUGACCAACGCAGCCUUCGAGGGGGACCCGCCGCCCUACUCGCCCCCGGACCCCAAGAGCGUUCACCUCCUCUACCCGCCGCUCCCGGGUGGCUUCUCCCAGCCGGCACCUGCCCUGUACCAGCCGGGGCCCCCCCCCGGCCCAGGGCCCCCCCCCUGCCCCCCUGCCUGCCCCACCUACGAGGGGCAGGCGGGCACGGGGCCAUCGCAGCACCUGCCCAGGGACUACAUGGUGGAGUCGGUGCUGGUGACCGUCUUCUGCUGCCCACUGACUGGCCUCAUCGCCCUCCUCUACUCCCAUGAGACCCGGGCCGCACUCAGCCGUGGAGAUGUGGCCUGGGCAAACGUGGCAUCCAGAAAGGCCCAGACGCUGGUCCUCUUCAGCCUCCUCUUCGGCUUGUUUGCCUCCAUCAGCUGGGUCAUCUACGUCCUGGUGGCCCUGUACCUGUGACAGGGACCCCGAGCCCCAGGGACAGGGCAGGGCUCCUCACCGCGGCCCCAGGGGGGAUGGCCAGGUGGAGUGGCCGCAGCCCCCGCGUGGCAUUGCUGGGGCUGCCGUGGGGAAGGGGCGGCCAUGAAGCAACCGCAGGGCCGGGGGGCAGCGCCCUUACAUCCUGGCAGGGCGAGGAGCCGCUCUGGAGCCGCAUGUGCCUCCAUGCCCGCUCCCAGCCCCGUGGGCCGUGGCGCAGGCAGGAGGAGCCCAGGCCGAAGCCGUGCUGGCGCCGUGUCCGGGGUCGAGCGCUGCUGCAGGAUGCUGAAUCCCGUGACCACGGAAUGUCCCUUGGAGGUGCCACACAGCACGGCAGGAGCGUCCUGGAGAAUUGGGGCUGGAGAUGGAGCAAUGGGCCAAGGCAUGAUGGAGAGGCCACAGCGUGCAGCCGCUGCCUGGGCAUGCCAGAAGCCCUCACUGGUAAUUAACAUGAGAAGGUACAAAGCCACAAAUUUAGCUUCUACGGUAACUUUGUCCACGCUGCCGCCUGCUUCUUGCUUCCAGAUUGAAAUAAAAUACAGGUGUAGCCAAAGCUGCCAUUUUCUCUGCGCA